AUGAAGCUCCCUGAUCCACUCCGUUGUUUAUUGAUAGUGAUAGUCUUCGCAGCUUCGCAAGUAUAUACCCAGGGACAAACACAGAACCUAUUGGAAGAAAACUCAGAGAAAAGGUUGUCCAAACGAGAGGCUGCCAUAUAUAUUGAUAGCUUCCCAAUCAUACCAAUUUCGAGACAAGCACCAGACGUAGUAUACAGGAAAAUAUCUAAAAAGAGAUACAGAAAUCCAAAACCAAAGUAUGGACCGCCUAGUUAUAAGUAUCGAUCAACAAAACCUAGCAAACCUGUCAAGAAGUACAGACGACCAGUGAAAACUAAAUACGGCCCACCGAGCUAUAAGAAACGACCAGUGAGAACCAGCUACGGUCCUCCAAAAUCUACAUACAAACCCGUCUAUGGACCACCAAAGAAAAUACCACAUAGCUACUACGCUGCAGAACCAAACUACAGAGAGACAUCUCAAGACUUUAGACCAAAUUACCAGCACACAAAACAGAGCUUCGGCGAACCACCUAUUGACUCAUACGUCGCUCCACCGAAUACAGCUGUAGAAAAUUCUUAUAAUCAAUACUCAUUGUCAAAUACUAACUCCAGACCAGUGAGUAGUUAUGGAGAGACAGGCGCGAGUGAUCACGAGUACAGCUCAUGGCAGAACUAUCAGAACGAUCAAGAUUUCGACAAUAGCUAUGAUUAUUCCAAGAAACAUGCUGUGUUUGUAAAACCAGAGACAUUCGUUAAACCUCACACUGAAUACGAUUUAACGGCUUAUGGAGAUUACGCUCAGAACGUAAAAUCGGUGGAACAAGAGCCGAUUAUUUUCAUAAAGAAAAAGAAACCCUAUAUAAAUGAAAGUGAAAAACCUCGACCUCAAAAGCAAAGACCAAACUCUCAAGAAGUUAUAGUUGGAGGGAAAUAUGCGGAACCUCCAGCGAGAUAUGUGAAUAGAGUUCAGUCUGCUAAUGUUUAUGAUGAAGAUGAUGAGUUUGAUUCAAACGAAUUCAUUGACCCUGAUGUAGCUGUCUCAGCGACCAUGUCUCCGUAUGUUAACUAUAAAAACAGUAACAUGGCAUUCAGUCCGCAAAACUUAAACGAUGCAUUUAGUAUAGUAGACAAAUAA